AACCAAAGCUUAGACUUUUCUUAGACUUUUCUGGACUUUGCCUGAUAAACGCAUCUUCUCGCUAUCCCAGUUUAUACGACGUUUCUUCGUUCUUGUUCGCACCUAUCAAAUUCCACACCCGUUCCCUUAACAAUUUAAAAGAGUUUUUAUAUUCUUAUUUUUAUCUUUGAAGGAGAAGAGGUGAGGCAUAUAUAUCUCUUAAUUGAAAUACAACUACAAUUACAUGUGGAUAGUUUCAUAUAUUAUAUUUAAAUUAUUUAAUAUCAUAGAUUAUAAAACUUAAUUUCCAUUCCAAACAAGCAGCAAAGAUCAGCUCAGAAAGCAUGGAUGAAGAUCCGUUACCGUUUGCUCCUGGAAAGGAGCAGGCAAAUUAUCUGUCUUAUUGUGAAAUCCUGAAAAGAGCUUGGGAGGAGACGCGCAGUACUGCAGAAAACAGUGACAAUACUUAUUUUCGUUGGAGUGAUCAGUAUGAAAGUGAAGGCGUAGUAUUUAUCACAUUCCCUUCCUUUCACAUAGGAGAUUUCACUGUCACUAAUAGUACAUAUGAACAAUGCGAUAUCAAGAAUGAGAACAAGUUCUUCUCUGACCGUCUCAAGGAUGAUGAUGAUCAACCGGCUCUUGUUCACAAAGGAGCUCUCUACAAGUUCCUUGAUAUUAUGCAAAGAUCAGACUUAAAAACCCAGAUGGAGAAUUUAUCCAAACAGGGAAAGGAACAAUCCAUUAUAUUUGUGGGUCAUUCUAUAGGAGGUGCUAUAGCAACCCUGGCUACGAUCUGCUUCCUGGAUAAGAGGCUGAAAAAUAUCUAUCCUUUAUGCAUUACAUUUGGCUCUCCUUUGGUGGGAAAUGCUGCUCUUAAAGAAUCAAUUGGUUACCAUGAUUGGUCUGGAAGAUUUUGUCAUGUUGUUUCAAAACAUGAUGUUGUUCCUCGCAUGCUUCUUGCACCAUUUGAAACAGUUGCAGUGUAUUUGAUUUCGAUUUUUUCUCUGAGAGGGAGUAUAACGGGCAAUGUUUCUGAUCCUCAAGAAGCUUGCAGGAAACUUCUUGACAAUUUCAAGUGCCUUGGAGAGUCUAGCCCAUAUAAACCCUUUGGUACUUAUAUGUUCUGUUCAACUUACGGAGCAGCUUGUAUCGAGGACAGUCAAGCUGCCUUGGAGAUGUUAAUUUUAACUUUGCAAAGCAUAGAAGAAAAUGGCAUUGCAGAAGAAAAUGAUAUUGCCGGUUUAUUGAUUUCAGAGCACAAAAAUUAUGGUGAUAUGCUGGAUCAUGUUAUUAAAAGUGGAUACUCAACAAGAACUGCAAACAUCGUCUCAGAAUCUUCCAUUGAGAUGGGACUGGCACUGCAAUUAGAAUCCUCCGUUGAGAUGGGAAUAGCACUGCAAUUAGAAGCCAUGGGUUUUCGGACUCUGACUAAAUCUGCAUUUGAUGCCCUGAAAAAAGCUGCAGAUUUGAAACACAGGCAUGACAUGGACAUUGUGAAUCUAACUUCAAAGUUGAGCACUAACCAAUGUAGAAUGGCAGAGGUAGAAUGGUACAGUAAAAAAGUGCGCAAUGACAACAGUCGUUGCUCCUACAAUGUUUUCAAAGUCCAGGGCGAAAAGAUGGAUGUUUAUGUCGAUGGCAUUAGGAGACAUCUACAUCCCUUCUGGGAUAACAUUAUUAAUAUGGUGAAGAAGCAUCAAUUGCCCAGUGACUUCCGAAGCACAGACAAAUGGGUAUAUGCUGGCUCUGCAUUCAGAAAAAUUGUAGAGCCUCUGGACAUUGCAGACUUCUAUCAUCUGCACAGCGACAGGGGAAGCUAUCUCUCAGUUGAGAACAGGCCACUUCGUCAUAGGGUUCUGGAAAAAUGGCUGGAUGAUAAAAAGCAAACGCUCCUUGAUAGUGGCCAAUAUGGAAAAAAGGAUCGCACAACUUUUGCAUCCUUAACUGAGGACUCUUGUUUUUGGGCUCGGGUAGAAGAAGCUGAUAAAGAAUUGGCAAAUCUUCAGCGAGAGCAAGACCAAACAGUCAAUGCCCAUCUCAAGAAAAGCCUCAAAGAUUUUGAAGUUUAUGUGUCGAAGAUGAUCGAGGAGAAAAAUAUUUCCGAGGAGGUUUUCUUUGAAGAUAGCGGGUUCAUGAUAUGGUGGAAAGAAUACAGAGAGUUUCAACUGCAAUGCUCAGAAGAGUGGAAAUCAAGCUCCCCUUUGCUCAAAUCCAUGGAAGGGGUCAAGAAAUUGGGAGUUCAGAAGACGGGGUUUUGAUUAAGUUCUGAAGUUAGUUAGAGGUUGUUUAUUUCCAUGGCCAUUUCUUCUGCUUGUAAAGUUGAUUUCCUUUUUAAUCCGCAUAAGCCUGUGUUUUCUAUGCUGUCUUUCUUUUCUGUUACAUUCAGAAUAGUAUUAGCCUGAUUCGACCUAUGUAAACGGAGUUCCUUCGAAUGUACUGGUAUUUUUGUACUCUCUAGAAGAAAAUUUCACAUUAU